GUUUUACCGCGACAUUUUCGCGCGGAAAGCCGGGCGUUAUCGAGCCGUGAAAAGCUGAAAAGAGAUGUGUAACUUGAAAUAAUUACCAUUUGUGUAAUCUUCUUACUAAUCCUUAGUGUUGAUGAAAGUGUGUGUGCUAAAAAUAUUGUAAAAUUUGCAUGAUACGGGGCUCAAGUCGUUAUCCCAUAUUAUCUAGUGCUCAAGGAAAUUUUGCAUUGUGGAAUUUGUUAUAUUUUUUGAAUGACCAGGCACAGGAGAUAGAGUGCCAGCGUUUUUGUCCCACCUACAAUGGCACAAACUGGUUCUUCCAGUGAAGACAAUGAGAGACGUAUGAACUUGAAACGUAAAAGGAACUCCUGUGACGAUGAGGUUGAAAAUAUGCCUCCGGCGAAAAUGUCGUCGAAAUUAGAAGAAGAACUGUAUGACCAACCAGCACACAAUGUUGUUGUGGAAUCCUCAUCCUGUUCCAGCGAUGACGAAGGAUAUGGAAACCUAGAACAGCCUAGGAGUGUUUAUACUGACUUAGACUUUAACGCUGACAGUUUGUUGAGCCCACAAAGCAUACCUGAAUUGCCCAAUUGUGUGUUGAGUCCAUUAGAAAAUGUUGCUAGAGGAGAGUCCACUCCUCAUUCAAACAAGAGACAUAGGAAUGAAAUAUACCAGAACUACAAUUCCAGUACAAAUAAAUCUGAGUACUCCCUGCUGCCCAAACGCAAAUGUCCCCUGCCCGGGCUGUCCUGGGCCGACCCCUCAGAUGUAUGGAACAGCAUGUGUGAGUGUGAUGCCCGCUCCAAGACCAAGAAGAGCCCCAACAUGUUUGACAGGCACCCUAAUCUGCAGCCACGCAUGAGGGCCAUCCUUCUGGACUGGCUCAAUGAGGUGUGCGAGGUGUACAAACUGCACAGAGAGACGUUCCACCUGACUGUAGACUACGUGGACCGGUAUCUAACCACCACCAAAGACGUGCACAAAGGCCAGUUGCAGCUAAUAGGUAUAACGUGUCUCUUCAUAGCUGCGAAGGUCGAAGAGGUGUACCCACCGAAGAUUGGCGAGUUCGCGUACGUGACAGACGGCGCGUGCACGUCGGAAGAGAUCCUGAUCGAGGAGCUGCUGAUAUUGCGGGAACUGUCGUGGAGCAUAACUCCCAUCACUAUCAACAGCUGGCUGAAUGUAUACAUGCAGCUGGCCAGUGAAGGGCGGAGUGCGAAACGGAGGCUACUAGGCGAGAGCGACGUGGGCGCGAACGCUCUCCGCGGCUACACGUUCGUGUUCCCGCAGUAUUCGUCGCUAGAGUUCGUGGUGUGCGGGCAGCUCAUCGACCUGGCCGUGCUACACGUGGACGUGAACCGCCACUCGCACAGCGCCGUGGCCGCCGCCGCCAUCGCGCACUCCUUCAACAAGGAGCUGGCGGUGCGGGUCUCGGGCUACAGCUGGGAGGCGAUCGAGCCGUGCUACGCGUGGCUCGCACCAUUCGUGCGCGUGGUCCGCUCGGAAGGCGCCGUGUGCGUGGUGCGCGGCGGCGACGGCGAGUUCGUGCAGCGCGGCGCCGGCCUGCAGCUCAUCUGCCCCGACCUCAACAUGGACGAGAGCCACCGCAUCCAGUCGCACAACGUCUCGCUCGACAUGUUCGACAAAGUAUCCCAACAACUACUAGACCAAGCUACGUCACAAACGGACCCCGGAGCGUCGACGUCUCACGAUACGGAGCACAUCUAUCCGCCCACGCCGCCGCAGUCCGACCAGAAAAGCCCCACGACCCCCACCACCAAAACUCCCUCCACCAGGCACCAGGCGGAGUUCAUAACGCACCAGGAAGAGUUCACCAGGCACCAGGAAGAGUUCACCAGGCACCAGGAGGAAACCACCAGGCACCAGGACUUGCAAUACACAGAUGUUGAGUGAGCAGGUACAAUGCAGUUUGAUAUAGUAGGCACAUUCCUGCAGGUCACAAUGUACAGGAUAUUUUGCAGCGCCAUUAUCGAUCGAACUACUUGACAUUAUUAUGGCGCGAGUACACUAUGCGGGAAAUUGAUCGAAACGUAUAGUGUAAACAAACAAUUCGAUUAGUUUCGCCGUGCGUCGCAUCGCCCAUUUUUCGGUGUGCGGGCUCGCGCUUCGUCUCGGUCAAUUUCCCGCAUAGUGUACUUGCGCCAUAAAGUCACAUUAGUGUGGUCUUUGACAAACGGACACUUUGUUAGGGCAAUUUCGUGAAUUCGAGUUAGUAACUUGAUGUUUGGAAGGUCUAUUUCAACGAAUCUUUAUCACCAACAUGACACUGGCGAUUCCUAUUGAUAGUUCCAAAACUUUAAACGUCAAAUUACUGAUCCGAAUAAAUAAUUAAAUCUAUUGAGAAAAGUAUAGAUCGUUUCAUCCACGAAGACGCGCCCCACCAAUAUUUGGUCGAGGGAAGCGCGGGGUGCGGGGAGUUUGAUCCAAGCAAUCCGAGCGUCAUUAUUGUAGUGUGCGUGUGCACUCGUGGAUAAUUUAGCGUGUAAUUAUCCGGAAGAAUGGUGGGGCGCGUCUUCGUGGACGAAACGAUCUAUAAUCCUGUCUAGUAACUCUUUAUCAAUAAAAUGUAGUUUCCAUUGAAAAUUGCGAAAGGUCACGUUGAUAUCAUCAGUACUUAAGAUUGUGGUCCAGUAGGCAAUGCAGCUACUAUAUCUAACUCUGUUGUGUUUAUGGUGCGUACUAUUAUUCCUUGUUAAUUGUUAUCACUGUUUAAGUACUGUUCGCGUUGUAAGUUGAACCCGAUAAUAAAAUACCUCAUUUUAUAUUGACAAUCUCACGGAUAUAUUCGUAAAUGCAUGUUGUAUGUGUUGCAUAAUUCUAUUGAUUAUGCACUUAUGAAAUCUGUUGAAUUUAUUCAACUCGAAUAAAGUAUACCACCAAUUUUUAUAGAAAGAAACAAGUCGUUCACUUACAUGAUACAAAAUUUAUUGAAAUUUUGCAUGUAAAUUAUAUUAGUGAUCAUUUCAAAUACACGUUAAAAAUCACUUUAUAAACACAUUCGAAUAUUACACCAAGGUAUGAGAACCAUUCAUAGUUUACGUGAAAGAGACUAUCCAAAUUGAAUUAACUAAAAAGAGUUAUUACUAACUGCUUUGUGUGAUAAAGCUUUAGCUUACUCACCAACUAAUUUCAAAUUAACUGCAAGUUUGUUGCAUGAAAUUAACUUUUUAAAAUAUGGGUAGUUUCUGACAUGCACAUUAAAAAUUAAAUAUAUUCUAAAAACUACUUUUGUAUGAGUUUGGUUUCUCUAAAGUUCAACAGAAAGGAGUUUCAGGCUAUUAGAAAACCAUAAUUACAAAUCAAAUUAUAUUACAUAAUUUUAGUGAAAAAAAUACACUUCUGCAGGUGGAUGUACUUGUUUAAUAUUAGGCGGAUGAAACGUUAACAACUACAUUGUAAGGAAAAAACAUGAUUUGGUUAAGAUCAUUAAGACUGAAUAAAAUGUUGAUGAUUGUUAUGGAUGUAAAUUCAUUUCGGACUGAUUGUCCCUUAUCAAUAUCUAGGGACACCACAUUGAGUUUGUUUAAAAUUUAUAAACAAGAAUAUUUUAAUUCGGACAUGAAAUUGGCGAAACUGCCAUGUCUUAGAAACAUUCCAAAUGUUUGAAGUUACUCGCUAGAAGUUUUCUCAAGUGUGUCGUGUGUUAAAUCCUAAACAGCACACCCAUUUUCUUUUUAAACGUUGUUCUUCGCGUAUAUUCUUUUUGAAUUUAUAUUACUUUUUGUAAAUAAAAGUAUGAAUGCAUUACAAUAUAAUCGCUUUCCAAUCAACAUGUAUAUUGAUAUCUAAAUGUUAACGUAUCAACUUUUGUGAAAAUGUUAAAGUUGCAUUUUGAAUUAACAGUCAUUUUACAAUAUAAAUCUAAGUUUUCUAAAUAAAUACUGUAUUUGUUUUCUUCAUAAUAAGCCAUCAAACAAAAAGGAAUCCUUAAUCGUUCGAUAGAUCGAAUUAUAAUUUUACUUGCACUAGCAAAUUGUAUAAAUCAAUUUAAGGUUAUCUGAAUUAAUUUAACAUUAAGCAAUUACUUUAUUCAUUUCUUUCGAAUUAUCUAUGAUACUCUUGUACUGUUUAUAAAGGUUUAGGGUUUUCUAUUUUCAUUGCUAACUCUGUAAAUAUAAAUUAUUCUUUAACUUAUCACGCUAAAUGAACACAUUGUUCACGAGACUGAUUUAAAAAUUAUAAUUCAUAAAAAAAUUAUUUUAAAUGUAAAGAAAUAAUAAAAUGCCGUUUUCAAAUUAGCGUCAUUUUAACCAAAGACCUAGAUGGAAAUCUAAAAAGUGCUAGCUAAUUAUUAUUAUCAGUGAAAUUUGUAUGUGGCAAGAUUCCCUUUUUUAUAAUUUGAGUUAAGAGAGGUUAAAACGUUUUAGUUUUGUCAAAAGUAUAAUGUUUGGCUACUUUAAAGAUGUUAUUGAUAAAUUCGAUCUUAUAAGGUACAACAUAAUCACAAAGAAAUCGCAUAAUGCAUGACUUUGCAUUGUUAAACUUGUGUCUUAUGAGUAAAAAUGUUGUAAUUAAAGAUUGGCUCUUGAUAAAAAAAAAUAUAGCUUACUUUUCCAAGAACAGAAAAAUCUUUUGAUCACUGAAUACUAUUGGUUUCCUUAGAAUAUUAACUUUAAGAAUAGUGAAAAUUAGAGCUUUGCUUCAUCAUUAGAUGAUAACAUUAUAAACUUCCUAAUACAUAUUUAUAAUAAUUCUUCAUUCACGUUUCAUUAACUUUAAACACGUGUCUAUUCCUAAAGUUUAUAAAUAGUAAAGUGUGAUCUACAUUUUCGUAGAAAGCAUGUCAUUCUCAUUAGAAAUGGUUUUUGAGACCUGAUGCAAACUAAGUACAUAGUAAAUUAUAUUUGUUAUUCAAAAGUUACAAAUAUCAUAUUCAUAAACGCUAGAGCUGAAAGUGUUGUAUCGAGAGUGAACUGUUGAUCAUAGAAUUAAGGCCAACGAUUACGCUUAUCUUUUAGGGCAAACUUUCGCCUUAUAAAUAAGACUUUUAGAAUUACUUUAUAUGGAAAUAAUUUAAAAUGUAACUAUAUUCAUUAACUGUACCCAUAAGGCGCUUUUAGAUUUAAGUAUUUUACAUAAAAUUUAAACUAAUAUAAAACCUAAUGUAGUGGAAUUUUCAAUUGUAUUCCCGAAUAAGUUGUGUGUGAUCUCAGACAGUUUAACAGGAAGCCAUAAACCUAUUUGUCCAGAGUCGUAUUAUAUUUUGUCACUUGUGCAAUAAUAUGCAUAGAUCACAUGUUGUGCGUCAG